GGUCAAGUAAGACCAAAACCUUUGGGAUCCGCUGACUUUGGUUCAGAGAGCGGUUUGAAACUUGUGAUCAAUAAAGAAUUUCAACAACAGAGCGACGAGGAAGACUCGUACAAUUCUAUGAAUUUUUCCAUGAAUAAUAAUGGUAUAGUGGUAGUCAUACAUGAUAGAAUGGAUUUUCCAGGAUUGAGUAGUAAUAUAUACAUGUUACAAGCGAAUCAUGAAUUAAAGAUCGCUAUUAAACCGGAAUUAAUUCAGAAACCAAAAGGACUCCAACAUCGUAACAAAGAGAACCAGUUAGUUCCUUUGUGCAUCGCGGAAGAUCAAAAUACUUUGGAAUAUUUCUCCAUCUAUGGAUAUUCGAACUGUUAUGCGAAUUGUAGAGUCAAGGCCAUGCUUCAGUAUUGUGGAUGCUUACCAUUUAUUUACAGCAACGUAGCUGAAUACAAUAAGAUCAAACAUUGUGAGUUGGAUCGUCUACAGUGUAUUCAGAGAAACGCGAAAAAAAUAAGAAUCGUGAAGAAUAUCCAGAGCAAAGAUAUUUCUUGUUCCUGUAGGACGCCGUGCACUUAUAUGAACUACGAUGGAUUUCCUAACUCGAUAGUUCUAAUGAAAACCAGUUCCACUAGAAACGUGUCACAGAAAAGUACUAUUCUUAAUGUUUACAUGAAUUCGCAAACUUAUCAAGUUUCAAUAACCUUAUCAGCCGCUAACGAAACUUAUCUUUUGGCAUCAGUCGGUGGAAUCUUUAGUUUGUUUCUUGGUUGUAGCUUUUUAAGCGUCGCAGAAAUCAUUUAUUUCCUAUACUUAUUUUUUCGCGCUAGUUUGAAAUCGAAUUAGAAGAGCCAAAAUCCAAAUACAUCAUAAAUACUGACUAUUGUAAACAGCAAUCGACAUGUUUAUUUAAACACUCAAUAAAUAACGCUAGUAGAUUAUAGAUACAGCAAUGUUGCCUUUCUCUUUCCUUCGAAUUGCACCAUUCUGAACCACGCUCUAUCGAAUAUAUAUAUAUAUAUAUAUAUGGGUUAUCGAUAUUUCCAAGACCUUGGUCAAUAAUAAUUCGAUCGAACACAGACUCGAUCUAUUGUGUAAUAUAAUCUGACACAGACAGCAGGCAAGAAUCUGGAGCAAUUAGAUCUAUUUCGAGCGAUUACUGGAACGCCACGGAGGCAACGUUUACCAUCCGCCAGCUAGUAAAAAUAUUUUCUCUGCCGUGUUUCCGCUUUGAAGUUUCAUCCUCGUGUGGUAGUGUGUCGCGACGUUGGACAGAGUUUUAAUAAACGGACCCAGAUACUAUACGAAUUUCUAGAGAAACAACGAUAGUUAAUCAGAAUCUCGGCUCGGUACACUUGUCCCGAUCCGUGUCGAAACCGGAAGUCACGCUUCCUCCGCUAUACGCGCGAUUAAUUUUCGUCGUGUAACGCGAUAGGAACGCUUUUGCAAAGCGUUGUUCGAGAGGCCGUGGAAAGCGUUGUGAAAAUUAUAUUACGACAGAUGGAAAAAAUUUACAUUUAUUCAACAAUAAUGUUUAACGAAGGAACAGGGAAGAGGAAGAAAAGUAUUCGUUUCGAUUACAUUUUGAGAGUUACGUUUCCUUCGCGGUAUUCUAUUUAUAAGUAAAAAUAUUCGAGACAACCGAAAUCGAAGGUAGAAUCGGUAAUCCGAUCCAUGAUGAGAACCAGCAACAAUGUUGCGUAACAACCGUGAAAAUUCGGUCGGUAUCGCGUCGUCGUUGCAUGUUUUUAAUAUCUAUAUAGCGUGGAAAUAUUCAAGAUAGAUGCAAGAUGUAUGUUCAUAUCGUCUAUUUUCGGAAUUGCUAUCGAAAAUACCGAUUUAGUUCUCUGUACGUCGGACAUACUACGGCCGUGGUACAUUGGCGAAAAGAGCUGGAAGCAUCGCUAGCUAUUUUCGACUAAACACCCACGUAUUUCUUACCCAUCGACCGUGUACCCCGAGAUGUUUUCCAUCUUCACGCAAGCACUCGAAUAUUUUUCUUUGCUCCUCGUCCAAUUUUUCUCUCCUCCAAUUUAUUCACUUUCAAUGUUUUUUCGCACAGACUUUGAAUCGUUUCCAUGCUUGGAACGUAUCUCGAUUCGAUCGAAUCCCUAAGAGAUUGUAAUUCUUCAAUUUUCAACAAAGAAAAAUAUGCGUCGAGGCUUCCUUUUAUCAUCGUGCUUCACAAUCAUUCACCUAUUUAUGAAACUACGUUAUUUUGGUUGUUCCUUUUAUUAGAAGUAAGACUAUCUCUUUCACGUUCAAUUAUCGUGAGAUACAUAAAAUCUUGGGAGAAUGGGAUAAGCGAAUGUAAUACUCGUGGAGAACAUUGAAAGAGCUUAAAUGGAUUACGCUUGUCUCGUUCAUUUUAAAAUAGAUUUUAUAUGGAUAGAGAAAAAUGCGGAGAAAAAAAAGGCGUUAAUUGGAUGAAAGAGGGAUCGGUGUAUCCAAUGUAUCCUGAGUAUCCUGAGUAUAAUCGUUGAUCAAUCGAGGAUAUAUGAUUGUCGUCGAACGUGUGAUUCCCUUCGUAUAUUUCUUACUUCAUUCCUGGAACGAACAAAAGUAACGUUUUACUACGAACGUUUUUAACGCUACGUUGCAAGGUAACAGAAUGAACCAUUGUAGCGGAGAUUUCAAUGAUCAAUAGUACAAUAGGAAGCAAGUGUCGCGCAGCAAUUAUUUGUGAAUUAGAGGCGAACUUACCAUGACGAGGAACGUCAAUUUCAAAGUUAAAACAAUCCCGAGUACAAUAACCAGAGGCAAAUCAGCAGGAGGAUGAGUAUAAAGUACGUGGUUAAGAUGUUUUUCGUUUCGUGGGCUGCCUGUGGCAUUUUUCACGAUAAAUGUUUCACGACACUAAAGAAAAAUUAAUAUCAGCAUGCGAUCACGGUUACGUCAAGUUGUUUCCUCGACGGACGAAAUACUCCUACCCAAAAUAUUGAUCGUACUGUUUAAUUUUUUUUUUUUUAUUCUUGAUGAAUCAGUCUCCUUUAUUGUCUCCGUUUCACGGAUCGAUCGAUCGGACGGAAGUUUCGGAUAAAUCGCGCUGGACGAUCAAAAAUGGAGAAUCGAACGGGAAAAUCUGAGAUCAAGCACCGCGCCACUUUGCGUCCGAUCUUCGACUAGAUCACUCAACGCAGGAUCCACGAUACGAACGAAGAUCCCGAAAUUCCUCCAGGAAUCCGUGUGAAAUCCCCCACCAAUUCGAUCACGGAUACCACCACGUUGCACCUUCCCUUGUAACUUCUGGUCCAGGAUUGGUAGCCCGGGUCCCACCACCAUCUUUUACUGGUGCGAAAUCAACGAGUUCCGCCACCUCGAGUUAUAUUAAGCAUCGUGAAUAUUGGAUACAGCUUCAGUGGAAAAUGUUUCGGAUCGAUUCACUAUCAUCAUCGACGUAAAGAUAUUUCGGGUUCAAGGUCGUGUAGGUGGCGAUCAAUGGCCUUUGAGGAGCGUUGCGACAAUGCGAGAGAAAUUAAACGAAAUUUAGAACG